AUGCCUCGUCUGCAGCUGCCCGAGGAAGGCUGCCAAUCGCCGGACGAGCUGCCGACGAAUCGUUGCAGCGGCGGUCUGCCGUCGACACAGCGGCUGGUGCGUCGCGUCCUGCGUCACGAGUUUCGCCAUAUGGAGAAGGUGCUCGACGGCCUCGGCACCCCCGGCAACAAGAUUCGCGUCGAGGAGACGGCCGGCAAUCUCAGCUGCAUGGAAUUGCUGGUCUACGAGGGCGAGCUGGGCCCGGAUCGUGAUCUGAUGCUCGGCCCCGCCAAGGCGUCCGCCUACUCGCCCACCACGCGGUGCACCCUCAAUUCUAGGUCGUCAAAGUCGACGCCCACGCCGCGCUCGUUGAUGUCCACCCCGCCGUCGUCGCAGAUGUCGCUGAUGUCGGCCACGCAGAAGAUGUCGCUGGCGGAGGAGACGAACAACAACAACAACAUGGACAGCAACAGCAGCAGCACGGCGUCGACCACGAGCAGCAACACCACCACCAACAACAGCAACAACAAGCCCAAGUCGAAGCGCGCCACUGCGAAAAGCCCGAAAAGCCCGAAGAAGAACAAGAAAGCCGCGGCCCCCGUCGACGUCGAGGCGACGCAAGAAGAUGGCGGCGCCGAGGAGAAGGAGAAGGAACAGGAGAAGAGCCUGAAGUCAGAGACAUCGAUCCCGGUGGUGCCCGACGACCCGGAGAAGGAAUACGUGCCCCCGUUGCUCCCCGUCGAGACGAUCCCCCAGAAGCCGCCCGGCUCGUCGCACGAGGUCCGCCAUUCGAUCGAGCGGAAGAAGCACAAGCGCGGCGUGCGGGUGAACAUUGACGUGAGCCGCCGUUGGUUCGCCAACCCCGACGACAAGGCGUUCAAGGGACUCCACAUGGUCAUCGACUGCCCCAAUUAUGAGCCAACGCGCAUCCAGGUGAACGGCGUGUGGAAGAAGGUGGUCGACGAG